AUGGAAGAGGACGACGACCCUUUAUGGCGAACAGAGGCUGCGGUCAAGCCAAAGUCCCUGAACGAGGACCCCUUUAAUGUUUUCGCAGAGGAGCAGGCCGUGGAGGCCUGCAAGGUGGGUUUCGAGGUAGCUACCGAACUCCUGGAGACUGACUUGGUCUUCACCUCGUGUGGAAGCCUUGUGAAAGGCACACCCGAUGGUGGCUUCGUGGACACCGACGGUCUCUUGAGGUUAGUUCAGGUGGUGCGAGUGCCCCUCUUACCGGACAUGGACGAAGAUGAGGUUGCGGAUGUGCUUUUCGACACUGUGCUUGCAAAGGUGGUGAAGUCGCAGACAUGGAUGAAGGAGCGCACUGAUGCCGAAACUCAUGUCACAUGUUCGACUUUUAGCGGCCAGGAUAGGAAAGCCAUCGCCCUCCUGGUGCAACGAAGGCUCCUCUUGAGCCAUCACGCCACCAACCGCUCGCUUGGCCACCUCCUAAUGGGCCGCGGCGGACCCAAGUACAACGAUAAGCCAUGGAAGGAGCCAUGGAAGGGCAAGGGCGAAGGGAAAGGAGGCGACUCGCGCCACGAUGGCAAAUGGUCGCUAUGGCCUGGUGCCUACAAGGCAUCGCCGCGUGGGGGGCGACCGGACAAGAACGACAAGCAGAAGCCCCCAGCCUUUCCGGCCUACGAUGCCUCCUGGCGCCAAGCUGCCCAGAUGAUGGAAGUUUCGACUUUGCCAUCCUCCCAGGCAGGUGGUCGCGGUAUAGUCCGAGAUGUGCAAGGAGCCGUAAACGCAGCUCGACGGUUCGAGCAGAAGCUGGCGAAGUCCCGCAAGGAGCUCCUGCAAAAGGGCCAAGCAUGGGACUCCUGGGUGCUUCAGAUGCGGAGCUCCUACCACAAAGGAUCCUGGCUGCGGCUCCUCCGGGCAUUUCUACCCCAGUGCGGGCUACCACGACGGCCCCGCGCACGCCGCCCGGUCCUGUUCCUGCAGCUCCUCGUGGCGACACUCCUUCGCAAGCGGGUGUCAACGACCCUUAUCUCGUGCCUGGCGGAGCUGGAACUGCGAUGGUCCCCGACCCACUGCAACCUUCUGGAUUGGUGGAUCCGAGGAAGCCACCACAGCAUCCACAACUGCCAGAUCGAUCUGCAGCCCAGUCAGCCCUUGCAGGCAAGCUUUCCGAGAAGCGGCCGCCCUGGGCCUGUUCCGGCGGACACAGGACAGGCCCUUCUAGACGACGACCCGGACGAGAUGUUUGCUACAUUCUCACCUGGGCUGCCAGGGCGAAUUGAGUACAGAGCUUCAUUGGGGAAGCUCUGUAAGGGAUUUCCCCUGUGGAAUUUCCUAAGCCUUUUCUCUGUUGGCGCUUGCCCCAAGGUGCUGGGGUCUGGUCGGCACCUCCCGGUCUUGCCGAGGUACAACGCUGCCACUCCGCUUGGACCCUUCGGGUUGAAGGAGUUACACUGUCUGUUGUAUGCACCAGGCUAUGCCUCGGAACACCACGACAUAAGCCUGUCCCUGCCGGCCCUAGUCGAUUCUGUCCUCCAGAGCUUGGCCUCCCGAUCAAGCCUUUUGAUGAGGCUGGCGACGGCUCAAAUCGUGCCGGUGCGGCCGCAGCCUGAGGAAGGGUAUGCCUCUUUGGUGGUUUGCCCCCUCUGGGUUUCCCGUUCGCACAAAGCGGUAGUAGUCCUGGACUUCUCGGCCUUUGAGGGGCCUACAUAUGCCUGCAUUGUGCCGUCCUGUUUGGCAUACGAGGACCUGGACUUUUUUGUGCAGAAACACAUCUGUGAUCCUUGGUCAGUCUUCAUUGGGGAUGCCUCACGGCCCCUUCCUUUUGGUGAUUCCUGCUCUGUUCAAAAUGGCACCCUUGUGACCUUCGUCCAAGCUGAUACCGUGCAUUGGGGGCUGCCUCCCUUGGAGCACUUCCUGCUUUCGCCGGACGAAUGGAUUGAAUGCCCACGCAAGGUACGGAAGGAGUUGCCAUCCGAUCACUGGCUGCUCUUUCUUGAAGAAGACCAAGGUUGGAGUACCCGACUACUGCCUCAUGAUGGUGACUUCGAUGAUGAGCUGUGCAGUGUCAUCGCAACGAAGAUGCAUCGCCGCGUUGAAUCUGUUUCCUUCUGCAUGCCUGAGGCGGGUACCAACCCGGCAAUAGUUUUCGAUGGGUACGCUACCUCUCGCAUAAUCGCAGCCACUUUCAAAAAUGCUGGAGCCAGCACCCCUGAAUGCGUUGUAUUCCUUGACGCGCGGCAGAUGGGCAAGUCUCUCCGAUGCCUUAAGGUGCGAACACCCCUGCUGACAAUGCGUGAGGCUGUCCAAUCGCUUUGCCUUGUGCCAGUUUCGGGAUUUCGUAGCUACGCAGAGCACCCGCGCUUAGAGGUCGAAGGCCUUGCUAUUGCCAAUGGCAAUAUUGUGGCGCUCGGUCUAGAAACCGACCCUAAUGCCCUAAGUCCGCGUUCUGCUGAGCGCUUGUCGGGCGCCGCGAGUUUGCACCCUAGUGCGUCUGGUGAGCGCAUCCCCCUUACCGAGCCUGGUGGGGGCCUUCUUAUGGAGGCUAGUGAUGACCGGGCAGCCAAGAGUGCCACAGUUCGCUUCCUAGUGUGUGCGCCAGCGUUUGCUAUUGAGCAGGUCGAUGUCAAGUUGGAUUUGCCUUGCUCAGUGCAUGCAGCUGGCCAACUGCUAGCGAACGCUCGGGGUGAGACCAACGCGCGGCGUUUCGAGUAUCUUGUGCCAGCCAAGCCUCAGCCUGAUUUAGGUUUUGCCGUUGUCUUGGCGGCGCCCUUAUGGGCCGAACUUCAGGUCUUUGUGCUGGUUGAUACGCGUCUCCUUGACUCGCGCAUGUUUCUUUUCGAGUCUGGAGACCGCUUGAGCCGGCAGGCAUUCCUCACCAAAAUCAGCGUUAUUGACCGGCCAGGUUUGCGCAUUUUUGUGCGCGGUUACUUUGUGCCAGAGGCAGAGGUCAUCAUCUUCGCUCAAGGUGAUACCGUUAGUGUGCUACCCCCUGGUACACCCCUUGGGUACAUGACAGACCUCGAUUACCUCCUAAAUGAGCAGUCUUGGCGAGAUCUAGCCCCUGUGCACCUUGCUGGGCCGUCGCCCUCGGCAUUUGGCUUGCUCUUUGAUGAAGGUUUCAAAGUUGUCGAAUUCGACCUUUCCAAGGUGCAGUCAGGUCGUGAUUUCAAGAUUGCCACAGCCUGCUUCUUGCAAUAUGAUCUGGGUCGAGUGCGAUUUCAGCCAGCUGACCCUAAAAUCCGAGACUUCGCCCAUCGCGGCCAAGGAUGCCAGGCCAUUUUUGUUGCAACUGAGGCUAUCCCGCAUUCAGCGGUCGGUGGAGACCCCAACACGAACCUCAACAUUCUUUUCUUCGACCUUCGAGCCCUGCUGCGUGGGCUUGAAUGGCGCAUCCAUGAGGGUGAAACCCUGCUGCUAGCCCCUCUUGUCAGAGAGUUCUCGGCUGGCAAACCAGCUGGGUACGAGGUUGUGAUCACCGGGGGCACCCCGAUUGACUCUGGACAGGGCCCGGCUCUCCGUGUCUCCCCUGGGAGUGUCAUUGUCGUUGAGUACUAUCAUGACUUUCUCAAUGAGCCAUACUCUAUCGACGUUGACUCAGCAGACAUUCCCGACAAUGAUCAUGACGAGGAAGAGGAAGAGGAAUCGAGCUCAACUUCCUCCUCUUCUUCCACUCCUGCAAGGAUAGGUGCGCGAAACCGUAUUAGAUCCCGGUCUGAGGGUCGUUUGCGGUCGCGGUCCCGAGGCCGCACUCAUGUUCAUCAUGUCACCCUGAUGCCUGGGCUUCCGCAUCAUAGGUGCCAGCCAGCUCAUAGGUGUGGACACGUCCGGUCCAGUCCCUACCCCCCUGCCGGCUUACCGACAGCUGUCCUGAUGUUAGCAAGUCUCUCAUUGGCCCAAGCUACACACCUGCGUACAGGCGUACCGGACAGCCUUGUGGCCUGGGGACAGCUGCACGUACAAGCUUUUCUUGCCCUUCUCGGUAGCCUGUCCGGCUACAUUGCCUGCAAGUGGUUAGCUGAACCCACUUCGUCGAGAGCAGAUUUGCGUCAGGCAAUCGCGUUCCUCCGUUUCUCUGCACCGAUGAUGGGCACCACGUGGAGGUAUGUUCCGGAUGCUGACGCGGAAUUCAUACAUGUUUCCGGGGACUCCGAUUCAGAGGGCUCGACUGAGGAUGAUCCAGUGAUCUGGGCGCACUUUGCCAUUGCUGUGCCUGGAUACACAUUGGAGCGUGUGCUUGUUGCCUUACGUUUUCCGGCUACGAUUGAAGAGGCACUUGCCGCGGUAAGGCAGGCUAGGCGCCCCGCAGAAGCGGGCCUCUUCCCGACUUUGAUUGCCGCUGACCCGCAGCCUUGUCCGGGAGCCGGCCUGCUCCUUGCCUUGCCUGAACGGGAGCUCCCCCGUUGCAUGAUCUGUGUUGACGCCACGCUUUUUGACCGGCGGUUGUUUUCCGUUCUUGCGCCAGCAUAUGUGUGUCGCUCGCAGCUGCUUGCACUUGCCAAUUUUCAGGACAAUCUGGGUGUGCAAGUCUUCCUUGGCAGCGACCAGCAACCCCUUGCCAACGAAGAAAUGCAGCACGUGCGCUCCGGAACUACAGUCUCUUUCCUUCCGCUUGAUGUGGGGCGGCAACAUCCUUUUUCCUUGGGUCAGCUUUUGGCCUCAAGGUACUCCUGGAGUCAGCACUCUUCCAUCCCAGCCCUUGAGGAUGCUAAUGCCUAUUGCCUUGCGUACGACUGGGAGACUAUACUGCAUAUUGCUGAUCCGCGCCAUCCCACCGACUACCGCCGUCACAUUGCUGCUUGCGUCGGAGCUGACAGCCGUUCGCUUAAACUCUGUCCGGCGGCACCGCGCGUUGACAAUGUAGUCCUGGAUGGGGUUCUGUGCAGGACCGCAAUCGCAGUAUGUGCCGCUACACAGGGUGCGGCUCCAGUCAGGGUUGGCGUCUUGAUUGACGCACGCGCGCUCCUAAUGGGCUGGCGUUCCAUUAGUCUGUUAGAUGGAUGGAUCCGGCCAAAUCGGGUUCUAGGUGAUUAUAGUCAGGAUGUGCCCCCUGGCUGGGUUCUACGAAUCCGGGAUGUUCCUGAACGAGCUGAGUUUAUCCACGUCCACGACGGACAGGUCCUAACCCUCUGCAUUCAUAAGAUCUUGCCAGCCGAGCCUGCUCGACUCGUCCAUCAUGCCCCUGACACUGCCAACACGGCGCCCGCGGGGAGUGCCCAUGCCGACGCAGCGCCGAGCGUGCCGCGUGUAGGUAGUGCAGGCGAGGCAUACCCUGAUGAUGCGCUUAAUGCGGCCGCCCCUGGUUUUGGCGAGGCUCUCGAAGUUGUAGACCCUGGGGCCAACGUUGAGGACCCCGCAUUUAUCGAUGCACCCUUCCUUGUCGUCGGGCCGGCUUACACUCCCGAGCUCGUCCAGAUUAGGUUUAGGGUAGCCACUCCACCGGCUCAGGUGCUGCGACAGGUUAACGCGGCUCGGGCCCCGGAGCCUUGCUUCCACCUUCCCCGUAUCAUUGCUGCGCAUCCGCAGUCUGUUGCCGGCAUAGGGGUUGCAGUUGCGCUCCCGAUCUGGGAACCCAACGGUGCCAUCAUCCUGGUCGAUCUUUCUAGGGUAAAUGGUGCAGUUUUCUCCGUGCAGGCUCCGAACCGGGUUGACCGUCGGACCAUCCUUGCACUAGCGGAGCUGCCGUUGGACCAGGGCCACCAAGCUUAUGUGCAUGAUCUUCCCUGGCCGGUCCCGGAUGGCGGUUUCGUUAAUGUCAGACAUGGGGAUGCGGUUGUUGUCCUUGAGGCACAUAGCCCCCAUUUUGCUACUGCUUCCUUUGUGGACAUUUUGGGAUCCGUGCACGGUUGGAAUGUCGAGUGGGCACCUGGGCUCGAAUACCGGCGCUCUUUCUGGGUCCUCACAGCCUACCGCCCCUUUUUGUUGCAUGUCGAAGCAGACAGACGGGAUUUUUUCCGUGCAGACAUUGCGCAACGCCUUGCUGUGCCGCCAGGACGCUUGUUGCUGUGCCCAACAGAGCCCAACAUUGUCAACUUUGCGCACAUCGGUCUCCCAGCACAGGGGGUUCUUGCGGCCGUUGUCAGGAAUGGCCCCCUUAGUGUGCGGCAUGCUGACGUAAACUUUUUCCUUGAUUGCCGACCCUUGCUCUUAGGGAUUUCCUGGCGCACGUCCCCCGACGGUAUUCUGAGGGCCGAAAGCAUCUGGGAUCAGUACCGGACCCGAUGCCCAGCGGGCUGGGUUCUUGGAUGGAGCCGUGCCCAGAACCGGCCGGAGUUCCUGCACUCUGACAUUCAAGUCGGCGAAGGUGAAGUUAUCACCAUCAACAUACUUCCCUUGGAUUUCUUUGAGGGUUUCGGGCAGAAUCAACCGCCCAGUUAUCCUCCGCCGCCGCCGUCCUCGGAGAGACCCGAUGCAGAUGGUAGUCAGCCGACUGCCAGUGAGCACGCCCGUUCUGCUUCCAGCUCUGACCCCGUUGUAUUUUCAGCUCGGGAUGCGGGUACCGGUGGUUCGCAUAGUUACGGGACUUCGGAAGUAUGCGCUGUUCGCAAGUCCGGCAUACGCCGGCCUAUAUGGUGUUUCAGGCAGAGUCGAGUAGCCAAGUGGCCUGCGGGUUUUAGUGUACGUGUCCCCCCAACGGGCAGCCUGUGGGUCACCCCUGUCCUCCUCUGUCCGGGCCCUUUCACAUGGGUCCUCCUAGUAUUCGCCCUGUUAAGUCAGGUUGGUGUAGUGCAGACUGUUGUCCGUUUGACUAUUGUCUGUGCCUCUCUAGCCGUGCCAGGCCAGGGAGCAGCCGGCCGACGACUUGCACUCUUGGUGCUCAUUGGGCUCAGCUUGCCAACCGCUGAGGCGAUGCACUUUCAACCACCCCUUUCUAUUGCUGGGAGUUGUGCUGGUCCUCCCUAUACUGAGAGCGUGAGCUGUUGGACACACUGCACUCGCCCGUUGCCCACACCUGUGCGAGCUGCCAGGGCUCUCUGUGCGGAACAAGCUCCUUAUGCGCUUGACACCUGGGUAAGCCCUGACGCAGCCGGCAAUGGGCAGGAUACCCUUGAUUUGGAUGUGCUGACUACCCUGCUUGAGGAAAGUGUCUCUGAUCCUGCCAAUGAAGCCUUUUUCCGUGCGGCUACUUUGCUUGAAGUUCUAGCCGAGCAUUUUGCAGAGGGUAGUGCCACCUCCACUGUCAACCUCUCUGUCGCCCCUGAUAGGCGUCCGACUCAAAUCCUUCUGUUUGAGUCCCUCGCUUUUGAUCGAGUACCAUCAGAACUCCAAGCAAAUGGCCAUGAAGAAUCAAGGCUUCCCCUUGUGCAUUGGAAAAGAGGGCUACGCCCACAUGGCAGCGUGCAUGCGACAUGCGAUAUUUUCGGGGCUGACUAUGACCGACGGCUUGCAUUUGGCGAUGUGCCUCUGCCCUUUACGCCUAGGCAGCUCCAUCAGCUCUUCCGUCCUGAUUUCUGCACUCUGUCUAUUGCUGAUUGCCUCGAUGCACUGCAGCCCAGUCAGCGACACAUCCUGCGCCGGCUAGUUGACCAGCCUGAGGAUUCCCUGCCCUGGGACCUCGUAUGCUACACUGACGGCUCCUUUGUGCCGAGCGAUGGGACCCGCAGCAGCAGAGCCGGAUGGGCCUGCAUUUUCCUCCACAGGACCAGACAAGAAUGUGAUAUCAUUUCGGGUACCCUUCCAUCCUGGUGUGUUACCGAAGAUUCCGACCUCUCUGCUUUCAAAGCCGAAUGCUGCGCCCUUGUAGUAGCUUUGUGGUUAGGGACUUCUGUCACAGCUGGGGUCCCGUUUACCAUCCUAUCGGAUUGUCAAGCCGCUGUUGCUAUUGCCAAUGGUGAAGCGGCUGCGCACAGCAGCGGCAUCGCAGUUGUUUUGGGACAUGUGGCGGAGUGCUGCCGCGCAGUCGCAACCCGUCCUGCUGCGAUUGUCCACACUCCAGGCCAUGCAGGGACACUCGGCAACGAGAUAGCCGAUGUUUCGGCUAAAGCUGCUGCACACGGUCUCCCUCAUGGCUGGCUGUCGUGGGAGGUUGACAAAGAGUUGAAUUGGUGGGAUAACCAAGGGGAGAAAUGGUCCUGGGCAAGCCUCGUCUGCCGCUGGGCUGCAGGAGAUGAUGCACUCCCAUCACCCCUUGGUGAUAAUAUCCACCUGGAACGACAUAAUGCAGGUUUGUCUGUUGAGCAGCUCCUUGAGCCGUUCCUGCCUCCACCCUCCAAGAGCUCCGACCUUGAACGAUGGGGUGCCAUCGGCUUGCGCAUUUCCUCCUACAAUGCCCUGUCUCUCGCCACUGAACGGCACAGAGUUGCCGAAGAAGGGCUCGCGUUCCAGCCGGCCCGACCGGCCCUGCUCGCAGGGCAGUUGCACGAAGCGGGCAUCCACUGUGCAGCCAUCCAGGAAACGCGUACGGCAGAAGGUGUUGUCAGCACGAGCGGCUUCCUUCGCUUCUGCUCUGGUGCUACCAAAGGCCAUCUGGGUGGCUCUGGGGCGCCUUCCACUAAUCGUAGGCCGGGCAUUGACCUAAGGGCUCUCACCGAUCCGGCAAAUGCUGGUACUGUUGAUGGAAUUCUCCAGCGUGCCCCUAGGCCCGAAUGGUCAGUCUCGGCCGAUGCUCAUGUGGCGAUUGUGACCUCGUAUUUGCAAACCAGCCUUGCUCAGGCAUUUCCCAAAACCAAUCGGCGACCCUUGCACCCGUACCUGUCAAAUGAUGCGUGGGACUUGCAGCAGCAUGUGGCUCGCCUUCGUCGUAAGUGUGUUGCUGUUAAGCACGCCAUCCGAAGACAGACCCUUUGUGCCGUUUUUGCUGCUUGGAGGCACUUACCUCAGGUUGCGCCUGCAGGCUCAGCAGCGUGGCUGAGGGACUGGCAGGUCGCUGAUGCUUUGUAUGGCUUUCGCCUUGGGGUCUUGGCCAAAACCCUCAAGGCUCGCUGCAAAGCGGACCGUGCGGCCUAUCUUGCCAAUCUUGCUGACGAGGUACAAGCUGGCCGAGCCUUCGCUUUCCAGUCUGUCAACCGCAUGCUCGGCCGGCGCCGUAAGAAACCUUUUGCCCCGGCAGUUUUACCUGCGGUUCAGGAAUUAGACGGCUCACUUUGCGCAUCCCCAGAAGCAGCCAUGCGCCGUUGGCGUGAGCAUUUCAGCGCCCUUGAAGACGGCGUCGAAGUGUCCCGGGAUGAGCUUCCUGAGCUCUCGGCCUUGUGUCAAGGGGCGGACUGGCCCAGCCCUUCGGACGUGCGAGUCUUGCCAACACCUCUGGCCUUGCAACAGGCGCUGCUGGCCGCCAAGCGUGGCAAAGCGAGCGGCCCAGACUCGCUGCCCGGAGAACUUGGUCUGCUUUUCGCACCGGGCAUGCAGAGACUGCUCUACCCGUUGCUGCUCAAAUUGGGGCUUUUAGGUGAAGAAGCUGUAGGCCAUAAGAGUGGUUGCCUCACGUGGCUAUGGAAAGGUAGGGGUUCCCAAAGCGACUGUGCCUCUUUUCGGGGUAUUCUCUUGCUUUCGAACCUGUGUAAGUCGUUACACAGGGCAUACCGUCCGUGCAUACGGGACCACUUCGAAGCCCAGACCCCUCCCUUGCAAUUAGGGGGCAAGCCCGGCGGCAGCGUUAUUUUCGGUUCGCACCUUGCGCGUACCUUCAUGAGAUGGAGAGCGGCCUCCGGCGGGUCAUCUGCCAUCCUUUUUGCCGACGUUUCCUCUGCCUACUAUUGUGCUAUCAGGGAGCUCACUUCUAAGAUGCCCGUCCGUGCAUCUGAGCAGGGUGAGGAGCUCUGUUCCGAUGACCCCAUGACCCUGGAGUUCCAAUUGCGUGCUCCCUCUGCCAUGGAGCGCACAGGAGCCAGUCCGUGGCUCCAAGCCCUAACUACUGCCAUUAAUAGUGGCACGUGGAUGCACCUGCAAGGUGACCACGUGCCGGUCUCGACCCGGCGUGGAACCCGCCCGGGCUCUGCUUGGGCUGACCUUAGCUUUGGCAUCUUAGUUGGGAGGAUCCUUCAGCUGCGGGACUCAUGCAGGGCACCACAGCGCCAGGACUCGGUUGUGCCUUCGGUCCCGUGGGACGGUGCCAGACAUUGGGGGCCGAUUGAGGCCUCGACCCAACAUAUCGAUUUAGAUGAUCUUAUCUGGGCCGACGAUUUAUCGACUUUCCUGCACAUCAACAAUGCCGUGGAGGCUGCCUCCAUUGUUGCGGUUGAAACAGGGGCCCUGUCAGACGCUUUCAGCGGACACGGCCUCCAGCUUACUUUUGGACAGCGUAAAACAGCGGCUUUGAUUUCGCUGCGUGGACCCGGGGCUCGAAGUGCUCGCCGAAACUUGUUUUCGGGCCAAGCGUCUCUCUGCGUCUUGCGUGAAAGCCAAUCACCUGCAAGCUUGCCGCUGAUUGAUACUUAUCGUCACUUAGGUGUCAUGCAUGCCCGCGAUGGAGCCAUUCGUUCUGAGGUUCGUCACAGGUGCUCUGCCGCUUGGGCCACUUUCCGUGAAGGUCGUACGCGGCUUUUUCGAUGCCGCCGCAUCUCGCUUCGUCGACGAGGUGUUUUGCUUAACAGCCUCGUCAUCAGUAAGUUGCAGUUUGGCUGCGGAGCUUGGCCCCCCCUCGGGCAAGGUGAUCUCCGCAAAUUUGCAGGGGCCGUCUUUGGUCUAUAUCGUGCAACCCUUGCGCUUGGCCAGAAUGACGAUCAACACCUGUCCCUUGCUGCGAUUUGUGCAUUGCUCGAUCUGCCUGACCACAUGACCAUCAUCCGGGCAGAACAACUGAGGUAUGUCCGCCAGCUUUGUUGCUCCGGUCCCGAUGCGCUUUGGGCGCUCAUCCGUCAGGACGGUGCAUAUCUGGGAGAGCUCAGGUCCGCGAUGGAGUGGCUCUAUGUUCGCGUGCGUGCAACCUGCACGCUGCCCGACCCGGGGUCGCAAUGGCAGGUUUGGAGUGACUUGAUUUGCCACCGGCCUUCAGCUUUUAAAGGCCUGAUCAAGAGGGCUCGUGGGCUAGAGCUUUGCCGCAUUCAGUGCUACGCCGCCCUCCAGGCCCUCCACCGUGUGCUGAAGAUUGCCAGUUGCGGAGCCGAUCUUGAAGAGGUCACAGCAGGUUCUGCAUGCACUGAGGCGUGCCUGAUUUGCAAGCGUGGCUUUUCCAGUCGUGCUGCGUGGGCAUGCCACGCGUCCAAAAAGCACGGAUACAGAAUCACAGCCUCUAUUCUUACCGGGACUAGAGGAUGCACGCUUUGUGCAGGCUGUGGUAAGAAUUUUGCCAACUCCGCGAGGUUGAGGCGGCAUCUCCUUCAUUCCGGAGAUUGCAGGUCACAAUGGGGCUCUUUCCGUUCCAUCGAAGCCAACCCGCCCUGCCCUAAUCCAGCGGAACCUCCGGUACAGGUUGAGGGAGUCCUUGAUGCAGUUGAUUCCGCAUGGGAUCCUGCAAGCUACAACAAGGGCCUCUACGACAGCCUCUGCGUGCUUGUCAACCCGACUGCUCUGCAGGUGUGGGCGCUGGUUGUUGACUUUGUUGAGCCCUUGGACAUUUUGCGAGAAACCCUGCGGCGUUGGCAGGACUCCCACGCCCAUACCGUAGGUGUCGCCGAAGCGGCGGAGGACGCCAUCCUCAUGCUGGACCCCUCCUUAUGCUGCGAUACCUAUAGCCCUACGAAGCCACAUGUGUCCGCUUCUGAGUGCUGUGCGGAUCUACCGGGACCGUUUGACCUUCACGUCCCCUUUGUUCUGUCCGGUGCCAGCGCGACCUUUCGGCUUCCUCCUCCUCCUUGCCCGGCCUUUUGCUACCCCUUCAUCGGUGGUGCGCCGCUCGCAGCUGCCCGUAGGCAAUCCUCCUACGUUGAGCACGUAUGCGAUAUUCUCGGCACUGCAGUACAGCAGGCAGCUGCCUCGAGAGUAUGCAUUCUGGCUCCCCAACGGGCGUUAGCUGCUGUCGAGCCGGCAGCAACCUGGCUAACUCUGUCGGGUUUGUUGCAACGGCUGAAGGCUUGA